AUGCUUUCAAAAGCUUACACUGCCAUCUCUCAAGCGUUCUCUGAAUCACCUCUUUCCAUUUCUACUUUGAGCAUUGGAACAGGAGCUGCCGCUGCACUGUAUGGAGCUUGGAAGAUGUAUCAAAAAUUGUAUUCUCCAAUAGUUGUAAAGCACCUUCGAAUUUUUCCUGUCAAAUCAUGCAGAGGAUUCGAAGUGGAUGAAUGGGAAAUUGGUGAAUUUGGAUUCCUCUACGAUCGAGCUUGGAUGAUUGUCAAAGAAAAGGACAAUAAAUUCAUCACCCAACGUGAAGUUCCAACCAUGGUUCUCAUCAACACAAAUGUAGAUCCAAAGACAGGCACAUUACACUUGACUUUCCCUGGUAUGGGAGCUCAAUCCGUGAAAUACUUGAAGAAUAUUCAAGUCAAUGAUGCAAAUGCUGACAGAGUGAAAAAAGUUACGAUUUGGAGCGACACUGUCACUGCUUUUGAUUGCGGAAAUGAAAUUGCUCAAUGGCUUUCCGUUUGUCUUAAACAAAACGUUCGUCUUGUUCAAGUGAUUGAUCAAUUUACUGAUGAAAGAACUGACAAGACCAUUGAAAUUAAGCAUCACCAAAGACCACCAGAAGAAGAUGUCAUUAGAUCUUUUACUGAGGAUGGAAUUACUAUUUCCUAUGUCUCUCAGUUUGCUGAUGCUUAUCCAUUCUUGAUGACCUCAGAAAAUUCAGUUCGCGAUUUCAAUAAGAAAGUCAUUGCUGAUCAGUCAUCAAAUGCAAUUUCUGCAUUUUUCAAUACAUUGCUCUAUGAUUUAUUUGGAGCAAAUAAUUAUAUUGAUAAUUGGAAUUUCCGUUCAAAUAUCAUCAUUUCAUCUCCAGCCAUUGAACCCUAUGCUGAAGAGAAAUAUAGACAAAUUGAAAUUAAUGGAAUACCACUGUUUGGAGUGAAACGUUGCACCAGAUGCACCAUGCCAAGUGUUGACACUGCAAAAGGUGUGAAGAGAAGUUUUAUUACUGACUCACUCAAUAAGCAUCGUUAUUGCCAAGUGGCAGAAGGCACUGUUUUUGGAAUGAAUUUGUGUCAUCAAGAAAAGAAUAUUGGAUCCAAGAUUCGUGUUGGACAAGAAGUGAAAGUCAAACAAGUUGCGUUCGUCAAAUAA